AUGCCGCACUCACCGGAAACCUUUUUACCUCCGGUGAUCAACUCGACCACGGGAAAGGAACAGACCUUCCUAUACGCGCCUCAGGGCCGCGAGGUCGCCCCAAAGGUUCCACGGUACGGAACCUGGGAGAUGACCGACUUGUUGGUGAAACAGUAUCCGCCCGUAUUCCACGCAGCAACCGAUGUUCGUGCGUUCGUGAGAGCAAUGUCGCCGAUGCCGAACCUGCGACAUCUUCGCAUCGGUCAACCACCCAGCCACCGGUAUCGUCGUAGUAUCGUGGAUUAUGCGCUCAUAUUGUUGCGGAUGGCGGUCGAGCAGGCGCCAUUGAGCCUACUCGAUAGGCUUUCGUUGAUCUCUAUUCAUCCAGGAGCAGUCUUGUAUCUCCAAUCAACGAUCGGGUUCGGCGCAUCUCCUGCCUCGCGUAGGCGUUGGCACCAGAUACGCCAUUUGACCAUCCAAAUGACGAGUUUCCCCCAUGAAGUUGGUCCCACAGACCACUUGAAGCUCCUCCAUGCAUAUUUGCAAAGCUUCCCCACACUUCGUGUAUUGAGGUUUCACUGGCAAGGCCACAAGGGACUAUCACCAAUCUCCUUGGCGACAGAGCCAUGGCUACAAGGACGAUCCGGCAAACGAGGCGCUUUCUAUCUUCAAGACAUCAACUUGCGAACAGGAACCUGGGAUGAGGCUCUGGCACCUUUCACCCAGCUCAGCGGCAGUGACCAGUGGAAAGAGGCGCAGAAACACGAAAGCACGAUCAAUGUCCCGAUUGUCUUGAGCGGGGCUGGGAUCAACCAGAAGCAGUUGCAAAGGGUUCUCCAAGCAGUCGACCGACCAAGGGAUGGUCUGCGGGGGAAUGGCGAGGACACGGGUGCGUGA